CACACACACACACACACACACACAUCGCACACAUCGCACACGGACAUGGUUUGUGUGUUGGCGGAGCCUUUGGAGAGGCGAUGGCAUGCUGGGCCAUGCAGUGGGGCAGGGCUGUGCGCCUUCUUGGGCCUGGUCAUCAUCGUCGUCGCCCCUCUGCUCGUCUGCAUUCGAACCGGAGGUUUCCUGCUGGAGGAAGCCACGUACAGGGAGGAUCCGCUGGUCUUCUUCCAGAAUGAGAUUGUGGUCACGGCGCUGGACUCGGCCGGCCUGCCCAUCAUGACGUGGACAUCCAUUCCCGAAAUCAACGCCAUGCUGGGAGAUGCGCUCCGCUUUCCCGUCGUUACGGCGCGUGAGCGUGAUGCAAACUUUGAUGGGAGACCGGAGGACCUGGAGAUUGACAUUUCGCUGCCGCUGCUCGGUACAGAGCACGUGGCCUCCGUGAACCUUAUGCUCGGCUUCUCCUACGAGCUGCAGGACGCCGCCGAUAUGACAAUGCAGAGUCUCGCGUACAUUUCAGAAGCGUGA